GGAGCCUGAUGCCGCGAACGCUUGACAGCCAGAUCACAGUGGAGAAGACCCCCAGCUACUUCGUCACCAAGGAGGCACCACGGCGAAUCUUCAACAUGUCCCGGGACACGAAGCUGAUCGUGGUGGUGAGGAACCCGGUCACCCGGGCCAUCUCGGACUACACGCAGACGCUUUCCAAGAAGCCGGACAUCCCCACCUUCGAGGGGCUGUCCUUCCGCAACCGCAGCCUGGGGCUGGUGGACACGUCCUGGAAUGCCAUCCGCAUUGGGAUGUAUGCCGUGCACCUGGAGAGCUGGCUCCAGUACUUCCCCCUCUCCCAGAUCCACUUUGUCAGUGGGGAGAAGCUGAUCACGGACCCAGCUGGGGAGAUGGGCAAAGUCCAGGACUUCCUGGGCAUCAAACGGGUUAUCACGGACAAGCAUUUCUACUUCAACAAGACAAAAGGUUUUCCUUGCCUGAAAAAGUUGGAGAGCAGCAGCUUGCCUCGCUGCCUGGGCAAGUCCAAAGGCAGGACUCACGUACAGAUAGACCCCGAGGUGAUCGAGCAGCUUCGGGACUUUUAUAGACCUUAUAAUAUCAAAUUCUAUGAAACAGUCGGGCAGGACUUCAGGUGGGAAUAAGCGUCUGGGAGCAGAGCCGCGGUGACGUGAGGCUGCAGUCUUCCAUGAGGGGGCCCCA